UGGCACCCCAACAAGACCGUCCCCAGCUGGCGGCCGGGCGGACCCCGCACUCACCGAUGGUUCAUAGCCAAGAACAUCAUGAGGCUGCAGCGUCUGGGGAUAACCCAUGUUCUGAAUGCAGCAGAAGGGAAAUCAUUCAUGCAUGUGAACACUAAUGCAGAGUUCUAUGAAGGCACAGGCAUCAGAUACCAUGGCAUUAAAGCUAAUGACACACAAGAAUUUAACCUCAGUCGCUAUUUUGAGGAGGCAGCUGAUUUUAUUGAGAAAGCACUUGCCCAGAAGGAUGCACAGGUGUUCGUGCACUGCAGGGAGGGUUACAGCCGCUCCCCCACGCUGGUCAUCGCCUACCUCAUGCUCCGGCAGAACAUGGAUGUCAAGACUGCCCUGUGCACGGUGCGGCAGAAGCGGGAGAUCGGCCCCAACGACGGUUUCCUGAGGCAGCUCUGCCAGCUCAACGAGCGACUAGUGAAGGAGGGCAAACUGAAGCCCUAGGACGGGAGAGCGCUGUAGUACUUUUUUUUUUUAAGUUUCUCAAACCUUUAGAGGACAUCUUAGGUGCUUUAGAGGCCCCCCUCAAACCCCAACCACCAAGCUGAAGAGAGACAGAAUUCCUGCUCGUCCGGUGAACUCUGGGACUGCCUUUCGAGGUGGCGCGAAAUUGUGUCGCCGUUUGGAGCUGUUGCAAUAAAGAGGUGUUUUUAGAGGGAUAACUCCAGCUAUCUUCACGUGUAUGUCAGAGCCCCUGAAGACUCCAUAGCAUAUGUGGUUUGCACUGACACUGAAUGUGAUUCAUUUAAGCUUUGUAAUGUAUCUCACCAGAGCACGGGUUUCUGAAAGCCCCAACACAUCUCUUCACUCACUCUUAACAGAAGCACUGUAAUUUCUAAAGCUUCUUUUUCGUGCACAGAGGUGCCUGAUGUUUGAAUGUAGGAGCUGAAAGGAAUGGAGAAGUGUAUAUACAAAUGCACAGAUGCACUGGUUUGUAAAAUGAAGUGUAUGCAGUGUUUGGUGUGGAUUUAUGCAAUACACAGUGUGUAAUAGUAAAGCCAUUCAGAGCCCACACUUGAUGCACACUUAUUUCCAAGAAUAGUUGUACCUCUUGCUGUUGUGAUUGACACGAAAUAGUGUGUUAUUAAAUGCCCUUUUAUUUUUGUUUUGAAGUCAUACUAGAAAAAAUGUCAACAGCAAAUGCUGAGGAAAAGUCUUGAGCAAGGAACAAAUAAUGUUUGUAUUUAGGAGUGCUUGUACUGGAUGUAUGAUAAAGUCCUAAGUAUCAGAAUGUGAUGGC